CCGGCGGGGCCGCGCGGCGCAUCCUGCGGGCGGCGGCGGCGGCGGGCGCGGCGCCGGCAGCCGGACGCAAGAUGAUGAAGUUUCGGUUCCGGCGGCAGGGAGCCGACCCGCAGCGCGAGAAGCUCAAGCAGGAGCUCUUCGCCUUCAACAAGACCGUGGAGCAUGGCUUCCCCAACCAGCCCAGCGCCCUGGCCUUUGACCCAGAGCUCCGCAUCAUGGCCAUCGGCACGAGGUCUGGGGCCGUCAAGAUCUAUGGUGCACCUGGUGUGGAGUUUACUGGCCUGCACCGAGACACAGCCACUGUCACCCAGAUGCACUUCCUGCCCGGCCAGGGCCGCCUCCUGACCCUGUUGGACGAUAGCAGCCUGCACCUCUGGGAGAUCGCCCACCGCAACGGCUGCGCCCACCUGGAGGAGGCUCUCAGCUUCCAGCCACCGAGUCGGCCGGGCUUUGAUGGGGCCAGUGGCCCGCUCAGCCUUGCCCGCGUCACAGUGGUCCUGCUGGUGGCGCCUGGUGACAUGGCAGCCCUGGGCACUGAGGGCGGCAGCGUCUUCUUCCUGGAUGUUCCCACCCUGACACUGCUCGAGGGGCGGACUCUUGUCCCGGACGAGGUUCUUCGCAGCGUGCCAGACGACUACCGGUGUGGGAAGGCACUGGGCCCCGUGGAGUCACUCCAGGGACACCUGCGGGACCCCACCAAGAUCCUCAUCGGCUACAGCCGAGGCCUGCUGGUCAUCUGGAACCAGGCGGCACAGUGCGCAGACCGCGUCUUCCUGGGUAACCAGCAGCUGGAGAGCCUGUGCUGGGAACGCAGCGGCAGCACGCUGGUCAGCUCCCACAGCGACGGCAGCUACGCCGUCUGGUCCGCCGACGCUGGCGACUCCCCGAUGACCCAGCCCACAGUGGCCACCACGCCAUAUGGCCCCUUCCCCUGCAAAGCCAUUAACAAGAUUCUGUGGCGAAACUGUGAAUCUGGGGACCACUUCAUCAUCUUCAGCGGAGGCAUGCCCCGUGCCAGCUACGGUGACCGCCACUGUGUGAGUGUGCUCCGGGCCGAGACCCUGGUGACGCUGGACUUCACUUCCCGCAUCAUCGACUUCUUCACGGUGCACAGCACACGGCCUGAGGAUGAAUUCGAUGAGCCCCAGGCCCUGGCCGUGCUGCUCGAGGAGGAGCUGGUGGUACUGGACCUGCAGACGCCUGGCUGGCCUGCCGUGCCCGCCCCGUACCUGGCCCCACUGCACUCGUCCGCGAUCACCUGCUCUGCACACGUCGCCAAUGUCCCCGCCAAGCUGUGGGCCCGCAUCGUGAGUGCUGGUGAGCAGCAGAGCCCGCAGUCUGCCUCCAGCUCCUCGAGCUGGCCCAUCACUGGGGGCCGGAACCUGGCCCAGGAGCCAUCCCAGCGAGGGCUGCUGCUGACCGGCCACGAGGAUGGGACUGUGCGGUUCUGGGAUGCCUCUGGCGUGGCACUGCGGCCGCUCUACAAGCUCAGCACAGCCGGCCUCUUCCAGACAGACUGUGAGCACGCUGACAGCCUGGCCCAGGCCGCCGAGGACGACUGGCCCCCCUUUCGCAAGGUGGGCUGCUUUGAUCCCUACAGUGAUGACCCUCGGCUCGGUGUGCAGAAGGUGGCCCUGUGCAAGUACACGGCCCAGAUGGUGGUGGCUGGCACGGCAGGCCAGGUGCUGGUGCUGGAGCUAAGUGAUGUGCCCUUGGAGCAGGCGGUCAGCGUGGCCAGCGUGGACCUCCUCCAGGACCGAGAGGGCUUCACGUGGAAGGGCCACGAGCGGCUGAGUCCGCGUACAGGGCCGCUGCCGUGGCCUGCUGGCUUCCAGCCCCGAGUGCUGGUUCAGUGCCUGCCACCAGCUGCUGUCACCGCUGUCACGCUCCAUGCCGAGUGGAGCCUCGUGGCCUUUGGCACCAGUCACGGCUUUGGCCUCUUCGACUAUCAGCGCAGGAGCCCAGUGCUGGCCAGGUGCACACUUCACCCCAAUGACUCUCUGGCCAUGGAGGGCCCGCUGUCCCGGGUGAAGUCCCUGAAGAAGUCUCUGCGCCAGUCCUUUCGGCGCAUCCGCAAGAGCCGAGUCUCGGGCAAGAAGCGGGCUGCUAAUGCCACCAGCAAGUUGCAGGAGGCCAACGCGCAGCUGGCCGAGCAGGCGUGUCCCCACGAUGUGGAGAUGACCCCGGUGCAGCGCCGCAUCGAGCCCCGCUCCGCCGACGACUCCCUCUCCGGCGUCGUCCGCUGCCUCUACUUUGCCGACACGUUCCUUCGAGAUGCAGCCCACCACGGACCCACCAUGUGGGCGGGCACCAACUCGGGCUCUGUGUUCGCCUACGCGCUGGAGGUGCCGGCAGCGGCAGGCGGCGAGAAGCGACCCGAGCGGGCGGUGGAGGCCGUGCUGGGCAAGGAGGUGCAGCUAAUGCACCGCGCCCCCGUGGUGGCCAUCGCCGUGCUGGAUGGCCGUGGCCGCCCGCUGCCCGAGCCCUAUGAGGCCUCCCGGGACCUGGCACAGGCCCCUGACAUGCAGGGCGGCCACGCCGUGCUCAUCGCGUCUGAGGAGCAGUUCAAGGUGUUCACGCUGCCCAAGGUGAGCGCCAAGACCAAGUUCAAGCUGACGGCCCACGAGGGCUGUCGCGUGCGCAAGGUGGCACUUGCCACAUUUGCCAGUGUGGCCUGUGAGGACUAUGCGGAGACCUGCCUGGCCUGCCUCACCAACCUGGGCGAUGUGCACGUGUUCUCAGUGCCUGGCCUGCGGCCGCAGGUGCACUAUUCCUGUAUCCGGAAGGAGGACAUCAGCGGCAUCGCUUCCUGCGUCUUCACGCGCCACGGCCAGGGUUUUUACUUGAUUUCUCCGUCUGAAUUUGAACGCUUCUCUCUGAGUGCCCGGAAUAUCACAGAGCCGCUCUGCUCUCUGGACAUCAGCUGGCCCCGAGAUAGCACCCGUGCCAGCCACAGGCUCCGAGAGUCACCCAAGCUGAGCCAGGCUAACGGGACCCCAGGCAUCGUCCUGGCCUCACGGAGCCGCGAUGGAAGUCCGGAUCCAGGCCACAGCAAGGGAGCUGACACCCCAGAGCCGCCUGAGGCCAUGCUCUCGCCCAUGUCCAUUGACUCGGCCACUAGUGCGGACACCACACUGGACACGACAGGGGACGUCACAGUAGAGGACGUGAAGGAUUUCCUGGGCUCUUCAGAGGAAUCGGAAAACCUGAGGAACUUGGCAGAAGAUGAGGCUCGAGCCUGCGCCAUCCUGAUCAAAUAAGGAAGGCCAAAACUACGUGGCUCCCAACUGCACUGCUCAGAGUUGGGAUCCAGGACUCCCUGGGCCCUUUGCCUAGACCCACAUCUGCUAACCUGUGGCCUCCACCAGGACCUGCCUGCCCCAUCCCGGGGCGGUGCAGGGCUGUGAGCCUGGGGCUCAGCCCUGAGCCUCUGGGGCGGAUUUGCAGUGGCCCCUCCUGUGGGUAGCUGGCCGCCUGGAGGCCAGGUGCCAUGGGGAGAAGACAGCUGGGGCUGGCAAGCCCAUGCCACCUCCCAUCAACACACCGUCCUUCCCCAACCCCUUUGCAAAGAGUAUUUUUCUAACGCCUGUGCCGGGCUGGACGGGCAUUUCUAAAACUAUUUUGGUACUUGCUCCUGGGCCAGCACCCACCUCCACCCCCCAGUCUGUGCACGAGUGUGUGUGUG